AUGACUGGCGAAGGUGUCUAUAUGUGGUCGAAUGGUGAUAAAUUUGAGGGUCUAUUUAAUGCUGACAAGAGACACGGACGAGGAACGCAUCAUUUCGUGGAUGGUAAUAAUUAUACAGGUGAUUGGAUCAAUGAUACAAGAACCGGCCAGGGCAUUUUUACUUGGUUCGAUGGAGGCAAAUAUGAGGGUCAAUUCAUCACAGGAAAUAGACAUGGCCGAGGAACACAUCUUUACUCGAACGGUGACAAUUAUACAGGUGAUUGGAUUAAUGAUGAGAGAACAGGUAAUGGUGUCUUUACUUGGUUCAAGGGUGCGAAAUACAAGGGUCAAUUCAACGCUAGUAAUAGGCACGGGCGAGGAGCACAUUUUUAUUCGGAUGGUAGCAAUUACACAGGUGAUUGGGUCAAUGAUAUGCGAACAGGUGAGGGUAUCUUGACCUUUUUCAAUGGUGAUAAGUACGAAGGCCAGUACGAAAAUGAUAAAAUGCAUGGACGAGGAACAUACUAUUUUGCAAAGGGUGACAAUUAUACGGGUGAUUGGAACAAUGAUACGAUGACAGGUGAAGGAAUCCUGACUUGGGCCAGCGGUGCGAAAUACGAGGGUCAAUUUAAAGCUGGCUAUAGGCACGGACGAGGAACACAGAUUUUUUCAAACGGUAGCAACUACACAGGUGACUGGAUCAAUCAUACGAGAACGGGUUAUGGUGUCUUGACUUGGCCCAGUGGUGGAAAAUAUGAGGGUCAAUUCAACUCUGGUAAUAGACACGGGCGAGGAACGCAGCUUUAUUCGGAUGGUAGCAAUUACACAGGUGAUUGGAUAAAUGAUAAGAGGACAGGCCAGGGUGUAUUUGUCUGGGGUACUCAAUCGAAAUCGGCAGGUGAUAUAUUCGAAGGUCAAUUUAAGGAGAAUAAGAUGUAUGGGCGAGGAACAUACCAUUAUGCUGAUGGUAAAAAAUACAUAGGAGAUUGGAUCAAUGAUACGAUGACAGGUGAAGGCAUGUUCACGUGGCCCAAUGGUGAUUCGUAUCCGGGCAAUAUUACGGAUGGUAAGUUUGAUCGUAUGGGAAAGAUGCAGUACUCCGCUGGAAAAGUAGAACAAGGUCUGUAG